AUGACCGUCAGAGAACGAGUGAUCCGCAUUUCGGACUCCAUCCUCUACAACCUUUAUGAAUUCAUGAUCCUAGCCAGAAGAUGCACCAUCUACCUAUGCGUAGGAGUCAGCUACCUCACCACGGGAGCGGCACUGUACACCGGACCUCGUCAUCAAUCACCUACC